UUGUUUACCAACGCUUUUUCUUGGAGGCUAAUCAUUAUUGCGGGGUAUAUAAUGAGGACCGAUGCCACUGCCGGGUCAUAGUACGGUGACAUUUGCGAGCAUAGUAGUGAGCGAGUGAAUAGUUUUUGCAAUAAAAAUGGAGAACGCAGCGCGUAAGAGUGAGAGCGACAAUGAGAUGAUCACGAUCUCAGACGAUGAGAUGGAGAUGAUCACAAUCUCAGACGACGAGAUUGAGAUAAUAAUAAUCUCCGACGACAGCGACAGCGACAGCGAUGUGGCAAUGUACGACCCCGACUAUGACAGGGAUGUGAAUAUCGUACUAGACGAUAUUGAGGAGAUGAAGGUCGAUAUCGUACCCAUCGUCGAUGAAGAUCAAGAAGAGGAUGAUGAUGAUGAUAAUGAUGAUGAUGAUGAUGAUGAUGAUGAUGAUGAUGAUAAAGAAGAAGAAGAAGAAGAUUUGCACGACGAUGGGUACGAUAGCGAAAACGCUGUUCGGGAGUCGUGCCACUCGCACAUGUUUGACAUACGAGCAGUUGCAUCCCUCGACGAACACACGAGGGUAUGCACUGUAACGUCGUAUGUCAUGCCAUACGUCGCACUAUGGGGGUCAGUGCGAAUCUGUAUGCCCUGUUUUAUGAGAAACAGGGGCAGAUUCAUCUCGAUCACGACCAUCGAGAGCCACACGACAUCGCGUUAUGUUGACGCACCACAACUGCGUUGCACCGAUUGCCAGGGGAGAUUAUACGUAUUCUACCUGGCCAACGCAUGUCCCACCUGUCAAGGACAUGCCGAGUCUGAUGACAGCGAUGGGUGAUGCGACCCUCUCUCUCACAGUCGUCGGAUCCAUGCAAUGCGCUGGCUCUCUCUCUCUCACGUCGGCUCUCUCCGUUCACUCUC